AUGAAGCUAGAUAAUCGGAAUGUUGUGCCUCAUAAGCUCAGCCUCCUUAGGAAAUACAAAGCUCAUAUAAACGUCGAGUGGUGUUGCAAAACCAGCGCCAUUAAGUACCUGUUCAAGUACAUCGCAAAAGGAGUGGAUAAAGCUACUAUUGCGAUCGAGAGCUCAAAGAAGGAAUCUAAAAAAAAAAGUGGGGACAAGUCAGAGAAACAACCCAUCAAUGAGAUCAAUGAGUAUCUCGAUUGCCGUUUCCUUUCUGCAUAUGAGGCUGCGUGGAGAUUGUUUGGUUUCCCUGUUCAUCAUAACGAGCCUGCGGUGAUCAAGUUGACAAUUCAUCUGCCUGGUCAACACAGAUUAAUGUUUGAUGGAAAAACUGAUCUUAGAACUAUUUUAUCAACGGAGGAUAUAGAGAGAACUAUGUUUACCGCUUGGAUGGAAGCCAACGUCUUAUACGAGGAAGCCCGCUCACUUACUUUCGUUGAAUUCCCGACCAGAGGCCCAACGAGUUUCAAAGAUAUAUACUCUGUAGGUGGUGUUACGUACGAAAAAUUCCAACAGGCAUGUUACGCGAGAGGGUUAUUAGACGACGACAAAGAAUGGCACGAUGCUCUCGACGAGCCAUCACAGUGGGCCUCUGGAAGUCAAAUGAGGAAAUUAUUUGUCACAAUUUUACUCUAUUGCCAAGUUGCGGAUCCGCUAUCACUUUGGAAACACGUCUGGAAACAUUUAGCUGAAGACAUCCUAUACAAGAAGGAGAAAGAGCUGACCUUCACGGCUUUAAACCUGAAUGAGGCCCAGCUACAGCAGUACACGUUGAUGGAGGUGGAGAAACUUCUCAAACAAAAUGACAAGUCCUUAGCCGAUUUUGCAGGGAUGCCACUGCCGGACAAAACAAUACUGCGAGACAUUAACAAUACUGUUCUCAGGCAAGAAUUGAACUUCGAUAAAUAUAAAGAGAAGAAAGAGCAUGACAGGAUGUUCGACUUACUCAAUGUUGACCAGGAGAACAUCUAUGCGGCUGUGUUGGAGUCAGUGGAGAAGAAACUAGGGAAACUGUUUUUCGUUUAUGGGCCAGCUUCAGCCGGCAUUGCAGCUCUGCUUCUACCCGGUGGCAGAACAGCUCACUCGCGGUUCAAGAUACCUUUAUCAGUCGGGGAAGAGACAAUAUGUGAUAUCAAGGGGGGGACUAUGUUAGCGGGAUUAAUAGACAAGGCAGAUUUAAUCAUCUGGGACGAAGCUCCAAUGACUCACCGUCACGCCUUUGAAGCUGUAGACAGAACUCUGAGGGAUUUGCUAUCUGCAGAAGAUGAAUCUGCAGCUGAGAAAACUUUUGGUGGUAAGACAGUUUUACUUGGAGGGGACUUCAGACAAAUAUUACCAGUUGUGCAACAAGGAGGUCGUCAAGAUACGGUGUCAUCAUCCAUCAGUAGGUCGUACCUUUGGAACUCAUGUUCUGUGUUUACCUUAACAACGAACAUGCGGCUACGUGAUGAAGACAGAGAGUUCGCAGCCUGGAUAUUGAGAGUGGGUAAUGGAACGGCAGAGAAAGCACAAGCUGCAGAAGAGGCUCAGGGUGAAAGUGAGACAGUACUCGUGCAUCCAGAAUUUAUCCUCCCAAAUAUUGAGGACCACUUACAUGCGAUCACAGAUGCAGCAUACCCAAACUUCAUUCACCACUACCAAAACCACGACUACUUGACAGAGAGAGCCAUUUUGACGCCAAGGAAUGACACUGUCCAUGAAAUCAAUACCUACAUGCUCUCCAAGGUCCAAUCCGAGAUGAAGGAGUAUUUAAGCUCCGACAGCAUUGAAACAGAGGCUAAACCUGCUGUCAAGUCGAGCAGCUCCGACAGCAGUGAAACGGAGGCUAAACCGGCUGACAACUACACGCAAGAGUACUUGAACUCACUCGAGUUCCCUGGCAUACAAAACCAUCGACUCUGCCUAAAGGUCGGGGUUCUUGUGAUGUUGCUGAGAAACCUGAAUCAAAAAAACGGAUUGUGCAAUGGGACAAGGUUAGUUAUUACACGUCUUGGAGACAAGGUGAUAGAAGCAGAGAUACUUACGGGAACACAUAUCGGGGAGAAGGUACUAAUACCAAGGAUAACACUAUCUCCAACUGACCACAAGCAUCCAUUCACGCUACGAAGGCGGCAAUUCCCUGUCAGACUCUGCUACGCAAUGACAAUAAAUAAGAGUCAAGGACAAAGUUUGAAACAAGUGGCGCUCUAUUUACCAAAGCCUGUAUUCACUCAUGGUCAGCUAUAUGUGGCUCUUUCGCGGGUUACGUCCCCCGGAGGUUUAAAGAUAUUACAAUACACAUCAGGAAAGACAGGGGAAGAGGACGUCACCAAUAUUGUGUACAGAGAGAUUUUCAACAACCUGCCUAUUUGA